AUUCGAGUAAAAAGGGGGUUGAACCGAGGACGUUUGUGCGGUUUCUUUGGAAAAGUGGCGUCUGAGUGAAGAGGACGAGUCUCGCGCUGGUCACCAACAGUCACGCGGGACUUUACAUCUGCAACCACCCGAGUUUAAGUUGAACCCGGAUUCUAAUUCUAAACUUUGACACUGUCACCAUGAGGACAAACGGAUGGAUUUACCACGCGCUGGUGUUUGCUGUGGUCACUCUACUGGACUCAGGUUGCUGUAAAAGGCCUCAUCAGUCAUUACAGAGGUAUGAGAAGACAGAGCGGCGCAUGCUGGUGUGCAAGGACUGCCCUCAGAGUCCUUUGGUACGAAACAGCCGAUCGCAGGAACACUGCGCCCGGAAGUGCAAGGUCAAGAAGAACUUCAGCUGCAGGGCCUUCAACUUUCAGAGGCACGGCAGCAAGUGCCACCUGCUGCCCUUCGACCGGUUCACCCGCGGCGUGAAGAAGCAGGCCAACGCCAACUUUACUUUGUACGAAAAAAAAGAUUACAUAAGGGAGUGUAUUAUCGGCACUGAGGACUACAGAGGGAGGAGGUCUUGGACAAAGUCAAACAUCACUUGCCAAGCUUGGUCCGACAACAACAUCAACGAGCACACGUAUUAUCCUGAUAGGUUCCCGAGGCAAGACCUCAGGGAGAACUUCUGUCGGAAUCCUGACAACAGUUCUGGUCCGUGGUGCUACACCACAGACCCCAACGUCCGAACCGAGGCGUGUGGCAUACCACAGUGUUCAGAGGAAGUGUGUAUGAAGUGCAACGGGGUGGAUUACCGAGGAAAAGUGGACCAUACAGAGAGUGGCAAGGAGUGCCAGCGGUGGGACUCCGUACGGCCUCACAGACACCGUUUCCAGCCCAAAAAGUAUCGCGACAAAGAUUUAAAAGACAACUACUGCCGCAACCCGGAUAAUCGCCUCCGUCCCUGGUGCUUCACGAUGGAUCCCAAAACUCCCUGGGAGUACUGCAACAUCAGCGUGUGUGAGUCAGACUCCAGUGAGGACACAUAUGUCAAUGUAACAACAUCCUGUUUCCAGGGAAAUGGCACAGAUUACCGAGGCACGAUGAAUGUCACUCCUGAGGGGGUGACCUGUCAGCGUUGGGACUCUCAGUUCCCCCAUAACCACUCGUUCCUUCCCCAGAACUUCAGGUGCAAUUCCUGUGUGUGUGACAGAGACCUGCGGGAGAACUACUGCCGUAAUCCUGAUGGGGCAGAUUACCCGUGGUGCUUCACUACAGACCCGAAUCAGAGGAUUGCCAACUGCACCCACAUCCCCAGGUGUGAUGCUGAGGCCACACAAAAAAUAGAGUGUUACGAAGACAACGGCGAGACAUACCGAGGCACUCUGUCCAUAACUCGCUCUGGGAUUCCCUGCGCAAACUGGUCACGUCACAUAAACAGUGGGGAUUCUCACUCUACAGUGUCCCAUGUAGGGCUGGAGAAGAACUACUGCCGGAACCCGGAUCGCGACAAGCACGGCCCGUGGUGCUACACCAAUCCAAACACCCGCUUGGCCUGGGACUACUGCAAAAUAAAGCACUGUGAAUCAGCGACAGUGGCUCCUCGAACAAACAAUAUAACCGUGCCCAAGAUCUCGUGCUUCCGCCACAUAAACACCAGGAUAGUUGGUGGACAUCAGGUGUGGGGUACAGACGGCAGCUGGGUCGUAAGCAUCCAGAGAGAGAAGGCUCAUCUGUGCGGCGGCUCGCUGAUCAGAGAAGACUGGGUUUUGACAGACCAACAGUGCUUCACCUCCUGUGUUCCAGAUCUCAGUGAGUACCGCGUGCAGGUCGGCCUUCACCACCUCAACGAGUCCUCGAGCCACCUGAGACUCCGCAUCUCUCGUCUGAUUUGUGGCCCCGAAGGAUCCAACUUGGUUAUGCUGAAACUGAAAAAGCCUGCACCAGUGUCUGAGGGCGCCUCCACGGUUCAUCUCCCAGUAAAAGACUGUCACAUCACUGAAGGCACCAACUGCACCAUGUAUGGAUGGGGGGAAACUAAAAACACGGGACACGACGAGUCUCUGAAGACGGUCACCAUGCCCAUGGUCAACAAUGACAUGUGCUCACAAAUCAAAGGGGACGCGGGGGAGAGUCGAAUAUGUGCCGGUGGCAACAUCGGAGAAGGUGUAUGUGAUAAAGACAACGGCGGCCCGCUGGUCUGCCAGGAGCACGAGCGCAAAGUCAUCGUUGGCGUGAGCAUCCAACGGACGAAAUGUGCCUCGUCGCAGCCGGCGCUUUUUGUCAACGUCGCGUUCUACUCUGAGUGGAUAUACAAAGUCUUCAAGCUUUACCCCAACGUGGAAAGGAACUAGAAAUACUCACAAUGGGGGCUCUGGUGCGGGACUCUACCACUAAAGAGGGACGAUGCUGGGGACAGUACGCGACAUGAAAUGUCCGGCACGGACCACAGGGAGGGGAGAAGAAGCAUGUGUCGGGACAAAAUGGCUGUUUUGGGAUUUUCUUGGCCGAGCGUGUCAUUUUUUUAAGAAGAGGACGUGGGAUUGAGGAGCGGAUAUGAUAAAAGUAGAGUUUCACACGGUCUUCCACGUGCAGGUGGUUUGGCCUUGGUAGUGUUUUUUAACAACCAAACUGUCGGGCACAUGACAUGAGAAUGACACCUGCGACUCAGUAUUAUCUCCUGGAAUAUACUUGAAUACGGACAGAAACCCAGAUUCUUGUUGGAUACCACUAAGCCUGGGAUGUCGUUAUUGUUUUCAUUCAAAGCAGAGCGCUGGACUGUCAAACAUGGUGAUUUAUUUACCUCCUGCACAAAGUGGAGAGAAGUGGCCUUCAGUAACAUGGACUUAUAUUUUGUUUUCGUCUUUCACAUUUAGCCUUUAAAACAAUUACUGCGAUCCCAAGUGUGGUUGCCAAGUUUUCAAGUAACAUGCAGACUCAGAGGGAUGCACUUAUACCCAGUGUUACAACAUGCACAUGCACAACUGUCCCACAAUCUGGUUCAUGCUCACUCCUGGUCCUGGGGAGCCACUGCCCUGCUCCAACACACCGGAUUCUGAACGCUCAGCUCAUCAGAAAGCACUGCAGAAGCCUGAUGACGAGCAAGGGGAAUGUCUAAAACCUUUACACCAGGAUUGAGAAAACCCUGCUUUAGCGUGUCGGCAACAGGCGGAGAUCGGAAAAGAAGACAAAGAUGACAAUGAUGGAGCGCAAAAACAUUAUAUACAUUAAUUUUCACUUACAAUGUGUAUGAGAGAGAGAAAGCGAGCGUGUUAUUAUAUCAGUUUUCUCUGCUUUCUGCCAACUGCACUCUUUUUUGCUUUGUGACGUUUGUGAGAGGGGUACUGAGGCUUUUCUUUUUCGGUUUGGUAAAGUAUACUGGCUGCACCAUUGUAGUCAGGGAAGUUUCUCUCAUCUCUGAUGAUGUAUCACGAUCAUUCUAUGAACUUAAUAUAAUGCAUUUCUUACACAAAGCACCUUUUAAGGAGACUUUACAGGUGUCAUAAUAUCCCAAAAGAAGAAGAAUCAUGUGUGUGUGUGGAUUUCCUCCCACAGUCCAAAAACAUGCAGAUUUGUGGAUUAUGUCAUUCUAAAUCAGGGAUCAGCAAGUCAAUGUGGCCAUGGGCCAUUUUUUUGUGUAAGAAAUUGAAUAUUUGGGCCAAAACAUUGUAUCUUCAUCAGGCAAAAGUGCCUUAAAACGUCUUCAGUCCAGAACAAAAAACCCACGUUAAUCUUUAAUCAGCAGCUCGUUACAAAGAUACUGUACGUACUCGUACUGUUACUAUUUAUUGUGCAUCAUUUCAAUUUUAAGAAUCACUGCUUCUUCUUCGUCUUUGAGCCUAACAUAUGCAAGUAGUUAUUUUAUGGACAUUAACUGCCCCAAACCUGGCUGUCUCCAUGACGACAGCAGUGGUUUUUUUUAUUGUUUUUAUUAACAGAAUCUAUUUGAAUUAAGUUCAAUUUUUUUUUCGGAAUAAAAGCUCUGAAGAUAAGCAAAUCAUUUAAGAUCGGAUUUGUUAAAUUGGACACUGAUGGUGGGUUCAAGUGCUGACAACUGCUCUAAAUUGACCGUGAGAGUGGACGCGUGUUUGUCUCGAUAUGUGUCCCUGGGAUGUGUGACCCCGCCAUUCGCCCUGUGUCUGUUUAUUAAUACCAAAAAAAAAUGACGCACACAUGAGGAUAAAAAAGCCAUUGAACUCAGUUGUGGAGACACCAAACAAAGAUGGAAUGAAGUGUAUAGAAUACACAGAAACAGCAGCAGAAACAGCAGCAGCAGCAGCAGUAGCUGAGCCGUCUUCUCCCCAGUUAACUGUUAUUUCCCCCACGAGAGCAAAAAAAAAAACCUGCUCCAGAAAUCUUAUGCUAAUAUUUGAAGCAUGAGAGAGAGAGAAGAGCCAUGUGCCAAAUAUAACAUGGCGGCUAUUUGGUCUCCAGUUUGGAGGGAACUGUGGCCCCUGGUGGGCUGUGUGUGGUCAGUAGGAUAUUUUAUAUAUUAUUUUUUCGUGGAAAGUGACUCCUUAUGUACAUAGCUGCAGAUUUAUUGAGUAUGUUUCUGCCGUGCUGUAAGAUUUUAUGGGUCUUAUAGAUCUGGAAUAUGUAAGAUUAGCUUCUUCUUCCUGCUUCUGAUUGCUUGAUAUUUAAAAAAAACAAAACAAAAAAAACACACACACACAUACAAAAAAAGAGACUGGUUGCGUUUAAGCAGUAGAUUGGUUUAUUUAUUUUUUAACUAGCAGCAGAAGACAUGAAAUUCUGUUGUGACACCAUUUCAGUAACACUUUACAUUACAGAACAGUAAAAUAUAAGUUAUAUUAUGGUCAUAGCGUCUUAUUUUCAUGGUAAUAUCUAUACACUGAUAGUAUUUCUGACUACCAAGCUAUUACAUGGAUAUUAACUUGGAAAUGAUAUGGUUUAUGAUAAUAUUACAGAAAUCAUUACCACGUUAUUACUGUACUUUAAUGUUGAGUAAGACCCAUAAUAACUGGCGACAAGUGUGACGUGAAGGUUACAGCCACACACAUUAAAUAUGGACAUUAUGCCUCAAUACGGCAUAAAUUUGAACAUUUAUACUGAAACAAAUGAUGUUUGUUAUUAUAAUUUUGCAAAUUUGUCAUUAAGAAACAGAUAAGAAAUUUGGAUAUUAUGGCGAGAAUAAACCCUCGUCAAUAUGGAACAAACCACUCCAUUUUCAUAACGUAAACGACGACUUUAACUGGUAACAGGUAACUGGUUAUGCUUGGUUCCAGCAGUGCCUUCAGUGGUGUUGCCUGUGUGAGGCUGUUACCAACGUCUCAAAGUGGGAAAAUUCUUUUCUCAGCUCUAGGAUGAAUGUUGUGAACACCACAUGGAAAGUGGUACACACAUUAAUCUGAUCCAGAACUCCUCUGAUGGCCUUGCACAGCCCAGAUGAAAGUCUGUGCAGCAGAACAAUGACUGACUGAUUUUAGAAGGUGAAACCGAAAAAAUCCAAAUAUUCCCGGUGACGUGGUGGAUCAUAGGAAGUGAUCAGCUUUCUUAUGGAGUUAAGUAACUGUUAAUUUAUGCAAUUUGUUUAUUUUUUACGUUUGUGUAAAUAGCCUUGCGCGCGUUCUGUAAAUUACAAUGUGUAAUUUUUGUAAAUAUCACACUAACUGAUCUUUACGUGUCUGUAUGAUGUAAACUUUAAAAUAUAACAGCUGCUAUUUUGUGUUAAUGAGUUGUUUCAUAUAUCUAUAUAGAUAUAGGUAUAGAUAUGACCAUCUCUGUGUUUUGUAGCCUUUUCUAUUAUUCCUAUUUUUAAUAAACAACUUGACAUCAC